AUGGUCCUGGCCGUGCUCCUCUCUACAGCUGUGUUGGUGGUGACAGCAUGUGCUGAGAAGCUUCAAGUCUUUGGUCAUGCGCUCAACACGGGGCAAACCAUUCCACCACGGUGCGUGCAGGCUGAUGAGACGAGUCAUCUUCUCUGGGUGGAUUGGGCUUUGAAGCCCCCAGGACCGGCGGCGCAUGUAGUUGAGGUCAAAGUCGCCUGGCACACGACAAUGCCUGUUGAUCCCGAGGAUCAGGCAGUCUUUGUCGCCCAGCUUCGCAGAAACGGUAGCACCUUCUCCCUCAAGGACCUUCAGCGCGUGACGCUCUUCGAGGUUGAUGCCAUGUCCGAGGAGCAGGAGGAACAACCAGCUGCCCGAGUGCUUGAGGGUGAGCUAAACCUUGUCCUGGAUGUCGACCGAGGGGACGUGCUCGGGCUGUUGGAUUCCUGCGAAGGCGAAGAAGAGAUGCAGCACUGGGCCUUGGCAUUCACCGUGGCCGCAUCCUUGAGCAGUUCAGCGUUGCAGCUGUUGGCGCGAGUUUUGGAGGAGGCAAAAUGCUCCAACGAAGACAGCCUUCUGAAGAAUCUUCGGAGUUUGUCAGGAUGUUCCUGGGUGCUUGAGUACCCCAUCUACGUCCUCCAUACCGCGCACAUGGAGGGUGCGACGGAGCAGGAACUGCUGAUGUGGAUGGAUGUCGUUCGAACAGCUGCCUCCCCUGGCUUGGACAUUCGCUUCAUCGACGUGUCAGACGACUUUCAAUCAGUGAAGCUUGGAGAUGGGCAGGUCCGUUUAGACCGACUGGAUCUGAUGUGGAUGGAUGCGACACGUUCAGAUUCGCCUCGGAUACGUAAAGAAAAGCCGCGCCGGCACGAGGCAGGGUACCGACACAUGUGUCGCUUUCAAAGCUCGAAUGUGCUGGAACUGCCAGCUUUUCAGCGAAUGCGUUACCUGCUGCACUUAGACUCGGAUGCCACAUUUCAGUGUGAAGGAUCCAGAAGUGUGGACCCCUUCAAGGAGAUGAUCAAAUACAGAUCCGUGUAUGGGCUCUUUGAGGUUGGACUGGAGGUGGUCGAGCUUUGUCAAGGAGCGACUGGCUCAGGGGGCAGGUGGGUUCUCCUCAACGACUUGCAGCUCGGGACCCUGUUUCUCACCUACCUUGGCAUGAAACAAUGGACAAAGCCUCGGCUCCUCGGCUCCGGCAAAGCCGAGGUCCAAGUCGACGGCCUCGAGCAGAUGCAAGAAGUGCUCGACCUCGACUUCUUCCAUCGACCAGAUGUGCUAGAGUUCAGCCGUCGUGUCGGCGGCCCCGCCUCCCUGCAUUCUCAGCAUGUCAUGCGAACGGAUGUGGUGCACCUCUUCAAUGUCGAGGCUACGCUUGGGCACUACAGGCACCUCUGGGGUGACCAUCUCAUUCGCGCUUAUCAGGAGCAAAGGGCGAACGGCAGCAACAGCACUAGAGGAUUUAUUGAUCAAGCCCAGAGCAUAA